AUGUCCGUGUCAGCGAUUCUCCUUCUUCUACUUCCUUUCGUCUAUGCGUAUUCUGAGUUUCAUACAACCUGUACAACCCCAUCAUCGAGGACGAAUUAUGUCUCAUCGCCGGACACGAGAGGAACAUUGGACAUACUCUGGAGCUGCUUAUUCACCAUCAUCGCUUGCACUUGGACAAUGCAGCAUCUGAAUGUCCCGGAGCAACCUGGCAUUGACCCUCGAGAAUUACGAGGAUUUCAAGCGUUGAGAUGGAAUCUGAGGGGAGUCCGGCGAAGUCUCAAGUGGAUGCUUGUAACGACUAUUGCUCCUGAAUACAUUCUGGGCAAGGCCUUAGCUGAUCUCUAUGCUGCAUAUCGAUCGAAGAAUAUGAUGUGGAUCUAUUCGCAGCUUGAUGGAGUAGACUGGGAAUUGACACAUGGUUUCUUUACUAACAUGGGCGGCUUUGUGCUUGGCCAAAGUCCGAACGAGACGCCAGAUGGCAAGAGGUCGUUCUCGGGACCUGAUGCGGACGCUUUGCGUACUGGUCAGCAAGACCUUGAAGAGGGUGUGGCCAACAAAAGCCCCGAUAUUGCCUUUGGAAAACUGGGCGUUUCACCACUGAUCGAAAAUGGCGCUCACAAAUUUGCAAGUGUCAACAGAAGGGAGAAUGAUAGGCCUGAAGAUGUCUUUGUGUGCUCGCCUGAAAUUUCAUCUCAUGGAAUCUCGGCCAAGCCUGCCAACAGGAUUCCCGCAUACGUUCCAGAGAGUGAAACAUCAGCUAUCAUCCUGGAAAGGAUGCUACCUAAGAUGGCGACCAGAAGGAAAGUUGUGGCCAACAGACGAGAGGCAAGAAGGCCAGUCCUGGAGAUGGGCGCCACAAUCUGGGAGUCACCUAUUCUGAGAGCAGCUGGUGCUCUACCAUACUACAACGUGCCUUACCACCUUUUCGCUGAUGAAAUCUUUCACCUUCGACAGAGUGGUGCCUUAACGAAGCUUCCCAAAAUCACCUCUGCGGAAAUUAAUGACAAAAGCAAGGGUGAUACAUUCGUCAAACUCAUCACCUCCUUUCAAGUUCUCUGGUUCAUCCUUCAAGUGGUCAUCAGAGCCAUACGGCAAUUGAGUAUCUCUCAAUUGGAGAUUGCCGUCACAGCCUUUGGAAUCUGCGCCAUCAUCACCUAUUUUUUGCUAUUGCCAAAGCCAAAGAGCGUUGACGUUCCCAUCACCGUAAAGGAAUACAAGGGUCACAUACCUAUUCACCAGAGGGAAUUUAAGACUCUUCGUCAGCGAGUAGUCCAAAAGUAUAUUCGCUCAUUGUUUGUACUUGGAGAUGGUCUCGCUGGUGAGGUCGAUAUCAUGGGUUCUCAUAUCCCAAACGAUGCUUUAAACGCAGGUAGCGAACUCGAUGUCCUACAUGUUGGUGUUUCUCUGGGAGGUAUCAUCUUUGGUGCUAUACACAUCGCAGCGUGGAAUUUAUCCUUCCCAACUGCUACUGAGCAAAAACUUUGACGUAUGGCGAGCGUGAUGUCAACAGUCAUGUUGCC